UCAUUUUUCACUUUUGAAUCGAUAAGAAUUUAAAUUUCUUUUCAAAUUUUUCUUCUGCGGCAAUGAAACUAUUUUUGUUUCAAUAAUUGCCACCUUAGUUUUUCCUUAUAGUGUCUCUUGUGCUUCUUGUGCUCCAAAAAUCAUUACUCAUUCUUUUUUAAAUUACGCGGCAUUUUUUCUACGCAUGUGCCAUUUUUUUGUGCUCAAUUUGGCAACAGUGUUUAAUUAUCAGUUUUCGAAAACGUGGUUCUUUUGCGGUUUCUCCGGUUCUUUCAAAUUGUUCGAGAAUAUUUUGUAUACUUGAACCCUUUGAAUACUUGAAUUAAAUGAUAAUUUAGUGUUAUACUUAUUUAAUUGCAAUUUGUAAAUAUAUUGCAUAAUUAUGUUUAUAACGCCGGAAGUGCACAUGUUUUUAAGAAACUAACCUAAAAUUUCGAACGAACAACAAACGAAAGUUUCUAAAAAUCAUUAAAAUGUAUUAUUUAGAAAUUUCUGUGAUUAUAAAAGAACCUCAAAUAUCGGUGAAUUCGAAUAUAAUCGAAACUUGCAUAAUGAAGUGUUUGAAACAGUUUGUCGGCGAAGAGGGAUGCAAGGAUAAAUUUGAGAUUCUCAAGUACGAUGAUUCUAAUCAGAAGAUAAUUCUUCGUUGUAGUAAUGAAUCUUACAUUCGAUUGAGAGCAUCUUUGGUACUCAGUAACAAUUGCGAAGAGCAGACACCAUUUAGUUUUGUAAUUAAUAGAGCAACGGAAAAUUUAUUGAGUCUUAGAUGUAACAGCAGGACAUUCAAGCACGGUGGCAAUUAGAAAAUACUACUUUUCCUCACACUUUUCUUUAAAGCGCUAUUUUUUUUAAUUAAA